UGACUCUGCGGCCAGGAGUCGCAGUUCGCUCAUUCAAACCUAAAAGACAGGGGGACAAGAAAAGACACCUGAAGACAAUGAAGACCACUCUCGGAACUCUGACGCUGUGCCUGGUGCUCAUCAUGGGCACAGGUUUCCCAUUCGAGAGGAAAGGGGGCACGGAGAAGGAGAAGCGUGUGCAGUUCGCGACCUGGGAUGAUGUCAAUGUCAUCGCCCAUGGCCUCUUGCAGCUGGGUCAGGGGCUCAAAGAGCACGUGGACAAAACCAAAGUCCAGAUGAGGGACAUCUUCACCAAGAUCAAGGUCUACAACCGCACCGUCGGUGAACUGGGCAAGGAGAGCCAGAGGCUGAGGGCCGAGGGGGAGGCCCUGAAGGCGCAAGCCCGAGGGCUGGAGGACCGAGAGGGGCAGCUGCUCAAUGUCACGGCCGAGCUGAGGGAGAAAACGGACGAGAUGCAGCAGGAGAGGACGGCCGCGAGGGACAGGCUGAGCCGGCUGGAGGAGAGGCUGGAAAAUGUGCUGCAAGGGGAUGCCAAGAACGCCACGGACGCGUACAGCUUCCAGAUGAUGCUGGAGGCCCAAAACAGACGCAUCGAUGACCUGAUGGCACGUAUGAGACUACAGCAGGAGAAGCUGGACAAGCAGAACGUGCGCAUUAGAAGCCUGCAAAGUCAGAUCCAACAGUCAAGGCAACGGUCGUUCAGCAACUCCGAUGGUUUCGCUGCAAGCGGCGUGGCCGAACAACGCGACUCCCCAGUCGAAAUGGCAUCAGACUGCCACGAGCUUUUCCUGCGAGGCGAAUCCACCAGCGGGGUCUACACUAUCCAGCCCGACAACAUCGAACCCUUCAAAGUCUUCUGCGAGAUGACAGCCGAUGGCGGAUGGACGGUGGUCCAAAAUCGACAGGACGGCUCUGUAGAUUUUGACCAGCUGUGGUCUGCCUAUGAGAAAGGCUUCGGCAACCUCAAUGGCGAAUUCUGGUUGGGACUGGAAAAGAUCCAUUCCAUAGCCAAAAACGGCGGCUACGUCCUCCAAAUCAAGCUCUCCGACUGGGGGAAUGACUUGGCGUCCAUCCGCCUCCCUUUCCAACUGGGCGGAGAGGAGACCCACUACUCGCUCCGGAUCCAGGAAGUCACCACUUUCAGUCCUCUGGAAAGCGCCCUGGGCUCGGACGCCGCUUCAGGUCUGCCUUUCUCCACCCGCGAUCAGGACAACGACCACAAAAAGGACGCCAACUGCGCCAAACAUCUCUCAGGUGGCUGGUGGUUCAGUAACUGCGGUCAGUCCAACCUCAACGGGCGAUUCUUCCAGAGCCCGCCGCCAAAACAGCGGCACCAAAGGAAGCAAGGGAUCUUCUGGAAGACCUGGAGGGGGCGAUACUAUCCCCUCAAAUCCAGCACGAUGAUGAUUGCUCCUGCCGUGAUUGAGAUCAAAUCUUAAAGCCAGUGACUCGUCCUAGGUUAAGACAAAAGAGGGGGAGAAAGAUGUAGAUUUUUCAACUAUUCUUUCUUUUUGGUAGAACUUGGUUUAAGCGGUAGAGGUCUUCACCCUUUUACUUUAGCCAAGCCCCUCAGCAUAGACGCAAAAAGGGGUUUUCGUGUUCCCUUUCCUGGCAUCCCUGAGUCGCAGAUGGGCAGCGAGCGGGAAUGUUUUCGACAUCACCUUCUCCUGCGAGUCGCGGCACGUCCAUCACACCGUGUAGCCCGACCAGAAAUUCCCAACAAGUCAGAACUCAUUGGUAGUCAUUGAGAGGCGGGUAAUCGGCACCAAAAAAAACUGCCUCGAUUUUGGAACUCUUGUGGCAUGGAGAGGCCUGUAAUAGAGGCAAAUUAACUCUCUAUUUUGGCCCUUUAGGUCCACCUCACUUACAAAAAAAUUCCUAAAAAUAUUUUUUUUUUUUCAAUUUAAGAUCUUAUAAUAUAUGAAUAAUAUACUGUAAGUGUUUACAUCAAAUUGUACCUUUUGGCUCACUUUUGGCCAAUCGAAAUCUAUGAAAAUGAGCUAUAUUAAUUCAUUAUUGGAUUUGAAUCAUACAGUUUGGGUAAAAUGGGUUUGGGGACCAGAUACAUAAUUUUAUGUGGCCCGCCAAGGAAAAUCUAGUAUGUCAACUUCUACGAUUCUUGUGAAAAUCUGUUCCAAAAUUUCAAAUUGUCAUGCAUCAUAAAUGAUGUUGAGAUAUUACAAGUAUUUUUUCACCAAACAUUAACAAUAGUUGAAAAACCCAUUACCCUUCCAAAACUAGUUCAUAAAUUUUGUGUGUAAAUAUGAUGAGGCAGUUAAAUAUUUUAAUUGCCCUCUGAGGGAAAUAUGAAAGAUGAGCCUAAUAGCAUAUUUAGUCAUUUAAAGAUUUUUGGGCAAAAAAUCAAAAACCAAUUCAACAAAGUAAGACGACUCCAGUUGUGUUAAUUCAACUUUUAUGGAUUAUUAUGGUUUGGAAGUGUGAGAAUCUUCACAGACAAAGAAAAAAAAUUUUUUUUUAGAAAGCAAAUUCUAAGUUAAAAAUGAAAAAGGCAAUUAUGCUACUAGGCUCAUGAUUUUAAUUUUUUUGAGUUUGUGUGAUUACAACCUGCGCUUUGUGUAAACAAAAUGACAUUUUAGGGGUUGAGAAGUCAAAAUGAAUGAAAGUAAAAGUGACGAGAACCGAUGUCACUAAAAGAAAUUAAAUACGACAGCCUUUCGGCCACAAACAAGUUGAACGGGUAGUAAAAUAGAGCAUUUUUUAAUUAUUUUUUUAUGUGUUGUGGACCAAGAUGUGACUGGAUGAAGAAAAUGUCAAUAUUUGCAUGAGGUUAAAGUUUAGAAGUUGUGAUGUAAAGUUGAAAUCACUGUACACUGACGAGGCUUAAAACUGUUGAGACGAAUGUCGGCUCCCUUCUCUGAACUUCACCAAACGACAUUGAAAAGCAUUCCCACGUAUGUCUAUUCUUCACUACUUUUGAGAGGGAGAUUUGCACAAUUUUAAGUCAUAUUGACUUCCUUACCGACGUUAUUGUACUAGUGUGACAAGGAGUUUGUCUUCUGGGACUGUUACUUGUGUCUUUAUUUUCAUGUUGUUCGCUUUUCUUAUUUAAAUGGUGUCAAAAGAAACUAUCAUAUAUCUGUAAUUUAUAUUUUCAUGUUCGAUGUGUUUUUAAGAGACUUUUUUGGCCUUCAGGAGGAGCCAAUAAAAUGGGUUUAAACCUA